ACGCGGUGGCAGCAGCAUGUCGGACCUAAGCGACGAGGAGGCCGAGGAGGAGGCCGAGGCUUACCUGGGGGAGUACGAUGGUGAGCGCAAUUCUGAAGGUGAACGGCAUGGACGUGGGAAAGCAGAGCUGCCCAAUGGUGAUACAUACGAGGGUGAAUAUGAGCACAGUCUCAGAAACGGGCAGGGGACCUACAGAUUUAAAACUGGUGCUUACUACAUUGGAGAAUAUCUUCAAAAUAAAAAGCAUGGCCAUGGUACUUUUUAUUAUCCAGAUGGAUCAAAAUAUGAAGGAAGCUGGGUAGAUGAUCGGAGACAUGGCUAUGGAGAAUAUACGUACGCAAAUGGAGACACCUAUGCUGGAGAAUGGUUUAACGACAAUAGGCAUGGACAAGGUACAUACAUCUAUAAAGAGACUGGAUCUAUGUAUGUUGGUGGUUGGGUAAAUGGAAUACAGGAAGGAGAAGCAGAGCUUAUCCACCUAAAUCACAGAUACAGGGGCAAGUUUUUGGAUGGAAUUCCUGUCGGUCGUGGCAAAUAUAUCUUUGACAUUGGAUGUGAACAGCAUGGUGAAUACAUACAGUCAGAGGAGGAUAAAGGGGAGGAAGAAGAAGAGGAGGAGCCCUCUUUACUUGCUGCACCAAAGUGGAAAGCAACAGAAAUCACUAAAUUAAUACACUGGAUGCCCAACGUGGAAAAAGCACCUUCUCCCAGUGAAGGCCCCCCAGCAGCAGCAGGAGAGACAGCAGCAGCAGAUGAAGCAGUGGAAGAAACAUCAGCAGACGAAAAAGACAAAAUGCAAACAAAUCCAGUCAUUGAUGAAUCUGCUGAACACAGGGAUGAUAUGCCUUCUCUUCAUGAAGUAUCCAGUGAAGUUUUCAGCCCAGCAAAGGAUGCAGAAGUAGAAGAUGAGGAAAUAAGGGAAGAAGAAAAUGAAGAAGGAGAAGAGUACCAAGGAACUGCUGGUUUAGAAGAUGAGGAGGAAUCAGAGGAAGCAGAGUAAUUGGAUACAACUAAAGACAAAUAAAGGCAGAAAAGGAAAUUGCAGAGUAAAUCAUUGGUUAAGGUAAACCUACAACAAUAUUUUUAUUUGUAUCUUUGUUAUUUUUUGAAUAAACGUUUCUGUCACUGUUCUAUCUGGAA